AUGAAAGCCGACACAAUGGAAACUCGUGUUCGUGCUAUGGUGAAACGAUUAUUGCAGGUUGCUGUGAAUGAUUCUGCUCCUUUUGCUGCCGGAAUUCUCGUUUUGGUUUCGAAGUUGGCCGAGGAACGUCCUAAUGUGAUAAUGCUGAAACGGUUAUCAUCCAUGGCAGAACUUCAAUCUCCAAAAUCUGCUGCGACAGCAGUCAAUGAGGAUGAUGAUGAAGAAAUCUACGUAGAUUUGGACGAUGAAGGGAAGCCGAUUAAACCAAUUAAGUCGGAGAUUGUUAAAAAAGAAGUAGAAAAUGAUGUGAAACCUGACAAGGAUAAACUUCAAAAGGCUGGCGGCGGUAAAAAUGGUCAAGGAUGGGUCCAUAAAAACAAUCAAGCACAUCGUGGAGCGAUUUCCAUUUACUCGAGUGAGGCGAGAAAUCCUCUGAAAGCUAUCACUUCCACAAAGAUUAUUCGAAGAAAAGUUUACGAUCCAUGGGGUGUCAAAAAGUUGAAGAUCGCUUCUCGGGAGUAUUUGAUGAAAAAACAAGAAGAAAUUCCCGCAGAUGAACGCUUCCUGCAUCGCUUUGCUACACUCAAAUUUCAACCAAAAGAAGCUGAUAAGACCAAAGACGAAGAUUGGGAUGAGAUUGGAAGUGUUAACAGCGAGGAAAUGGAUCGUUUGCUUGAAAAACGUAAAGAGAAACCACAAAAGCGUAAAGCCGAAGAAUCCGAUGGCGAAGACGAUGAUCUACUCGAGGAUGGACUGAGUGAAGAUGAAGAUGGUGGAGACGAAGAUGAUGUUGAGGAUGAAGAUGAGGAUGACUGGGAUGAUGAGGAUGUCGAAAUGGAAGGCGACGAAAGUGAUGAGGAAGAUGAUGGUGGUCUUUUCUCUCGAAAAACUAGCAAGAAAAAGGGUGGCAUGGAUGAUGAGUCCGAUGACGAAGACUUUGGUGAUGCGGAUGCGUUUGUUUCGGCUGAUCGGUUUGCCGAAAUGCUGGAAGAAGGUGGUGAAGAUGAGGUCAACAAGAAAAUUCGAAAGAAGAUCAAGAAACCGAAAGGAUUUAAAAAGCGUCGU